ACUAAAUUUUGUUCAUCUAACUUCAACUAACUUACUAUUGAACUUUCCAUAAUGUAAAUCUCUGCAUUGACCUUAGAAAAAAAAAUUGCCAUUUAGACACCCUAUUAAAUGGCCAACCGCGGCUGCCUAACCAUAGCCCAUUCUCCCAGCUGUGCCGAAUGCUCAUCCAUGUGCAUUAAUAGAUUGCGUUAUUAACGCUCAAAGAUUCAAUCUUUAGAUCUAUACAUAUAUUACUUUAUUUUUUAUCUUUUUAAAUAUAAUUAAUUUUUUUUCUUAUUUUCUAGCAAAACUACUGUUUCUGCUCCACUCAAACAUGGAGUCUUGCAUCUACCAUCAGCUCAAAUCUCAGCCUUUAUGGCUUCUUUUUCUACUUUCUUUAGGUUGUUUGAAACUCUUGUGUUUUACACUCAUCUUUCUCAAAUGGGUCUAUGUCAAUUUCCUCAGACCUGCUAAGAAUCUUAAGAAAUAUGGGUCGUGGGCACUUGUUACUGGACCUACAGAUGGUAUUGGAAAGGGGUUUGCUUUUCAAUUAGCUCGAAAAGGGCUUAAUUUAGUUCUUGUGGGUCGUAACCCUGAUAAACUCAAGGACGUUUCUGAAUCGAUUAAGGCCAAAUAUGGACAGACCCAGAUCAAAACAGUGGUCGUUGAUUUCUCCGGUGAUUUGGAUGAAGGGGUUAAGAAGAUUAAGGAGACAAUUGAAGGAUUAGAUGUUGGGGUUUUGAUUAACAAUGUUGGGGUUUCGUAUCCUCAUGCUAGAUUUUUCCAUGAGGUGGAUGAUAAGCUGUUGGCUGAUUUGAUAAAAGUUAAUGUGGAAGGAACUACAAAGGUUACUCAAGCUGUUUUGCCUGGUAUGAUUCAGAGGAAAAGAGGAGCGAUUGUUAAUAUUGGUUCUGGUUCGGCCAUUGUUAUCCCAUCUGAUCCCCUGUAUGCUGUUUAUGCCGCUACUAAAGCAUACAUUGAUCAGUUCUCCAGAUGCCUCUAUGUAGAGUACAAGAAGAGUGGAAUUGAUGUGCAAUGCCAGGUGCCGCUGUAUGUGGCAACAAAAAUGGCGUCAAUCAAAAGAUCUUCAUUUUUUGUUCCCUCGACUGAUGGUUAUGCUCGGGCUGCACUGCGAUGGAUUGGUCAUGAGCCAAGGUGCACACCUUACUGGCCCCAUUCUCUUCUAUGGGGUUUGCUAUAUUCAUUGCCAGAAUCGAUGGUUGAUGCUUGGCGUCUUAAGUUCUGCAUUGGAAUCCGAAGGAGAGGGCAGCUGAAGGACUCCAGGAAGAAUGAAUAGAAAGCAUCUCCUUUACCUCAUUCCAUAUCUUAAGUCUGAUUUGUAGACAUCUUCUUUCUGUUUCUAUUUCCAAUUGGGUAUUGCUAGUUAUGGUAAUGCAACAAGAAACUUGAUUUCGUUCUACUCAUUAAACAAGUCCCAGUGUUCUUGUUGCAUUUUUUAGUUGUAGGCUGAUUGAAUCAAGAGCAGUCUAAAAGAAAUUCAAACUCUCAAUUCCACACUAUGUCUAGCCAAAAGAAUCAUUUCCAUAGCAAGUGAGUCAGAAGAUACUGUUUGUAUUUAUUCGUUGAGUUUGAUGUUGCAGAAUGAAUUUUCAGUAUGGUGUUUAUUUCUAUGAACCAAUGAAGUACCCUUGCAUGCUCUGGGUUUGCUAA